CAAUCACUUCAACUGCAACGGGGCCUACCGUGACUCCGGGUUGGGACCGUUUCAAAGUUUCUCGUCAAGCUGAAGGGAUCCAAGACAUCGGACCAGAUGGCGUCGCCUCAAACACGACGUCGUUUAAACCUCAUCCGCUCUCAAGACAACAACCAUAAAUGUUUUGAGUGCGACACUUCGAACCCCCAAUGGGUGUCGGUGACGUACGGGAUAUGGAUUUGCCUGGAGUGCUCGGGCGUGCACCGCAGCCUCGGCGUGCACAUAUCCUUCGUUCGAUCCGUCACCAUGGACAAGUGGAAGGAAAACGAAAUUGAGAAAAUGCAAGUCGGCGGCAACGCCCGCCUCAAGGAGUGGUUCGACAGCCGGCCCGACGUGACCCCAGGGAUGACCAUCGUGCAGAAAUACAACACGAAGGCCGCGGCUAUGUACCGCCAAAAGAUUACCGCGCUCUCGGAGGGCCGCGAGUGGAGCCCCUCGGACUACCAGCCGGACCGGCCGGCGCCCAAGCCGCAGCCCUACGCCGCCUCCAAGGACUCCUACUCCAACGGCCAGGAGUUCCACAACAGCGGUUCAGACAACAACAUCAGCUAUCACAGCGAGUACGGAAGCGGUCGCUACACGGGCUUCGGCAACCAGCAGCAGACGCGGUCAACCCCCAUGUCGCCCACGAACACCGGCAACGAAGUGGUGGACAACAGUAUUGCUGCCUUGGCUUCGGGAUGGUCGCUGUUCGCGUCGACGGUGUCGAAAUGCGCUCGCACCGCCACCGAGUCAGCCGUCCGCUAUGGCGGCAUCGCCUCGCAGCGGGUCUCCGAGAUGGCCACCACCGUCACUGAGAAGGUGAACAACCGCGGUGGCUGGAGUUCGCUCGGCGGCACGACCGACACCCGGCGGGGCUCCUCCAACGGUUCCAGCCAGCUGUACCAGUCCCAGUCAUACGGGGCCAUGCGGAGCUCCACCUCCGAGCCCUACUCGCAGUGGAAUGAGCAAGUCCAGUCAUCAGUGGCGGCCCGUAACAACCUGGACACCCGUGACCUCUCGCAAGUGGGCGUGUCCAGCCCGCCCCCCGACAUAAAGGACCUCAAGAUACGCAAACAGGAGGACAGCUGGGACUGGCUCAACAACUAGAUCUGAAAACGACAAACACCGACGGAACCAGAUGGCCAAUGAUCGUAUCGUGAAGUUAGUUUGUUCCUACUCUCACUGCACCUCGCUAGGUCCAUCCAUAUAUUUAAUACCCCAUAGUAUCCCUGCAAUGCAACCAUAAGUGUAUGUUCCUUCACACCAUUACCCCAUAGCACUAUGCCGUACUGGAUCAAGCCAUGAGAAUACCCGUAAUACUUUAGAUUUACUAGGUAAAUAAUCUUAGAAAAUAUCAUAAAAAACCGCGCGGACAAGUGCGAGUCGGACUCGCCAACCGAUGGUUCCGUACUUUUUAGUAUUUGUUGAUAUAACGGCAACAGAAAUACAUCAUCUGUGAAAAUUUCGACUGUCUAGCUAUCACGGUUCAUAAGAUACAGCCUGGUGACAGACAGACGGACAGUGGAGUCUUAGUAAUAGGGUCCCGUUUUUAUCCUUUGAGUACGGAACCCUAAAAUCGAUAUGUUGCUGAAUAAAAAAUCUCUCCGUUCGUUUAUGGUGCAUGCUU